AAGGGAGGAAGGCAGAGAGGGGACCUGGGAGGAGGCAGGGGGGAGGCGGGGGCGGGGACUGGGGCUCAGCCCAGAGGCUUGGGGUGGGCACCCUGGGCAGGGCAGGUGGCUGAGGCGUGGGCAGGGGAGAAUGCGCCUCUCCAAAACCCUGGUCGACAUGGAAAUGGCCGACUACAGUGCUGCGCUGGACCCAGCCUACACCACCCUGGAAUUUGAGAAUGUGCAGGUGUUGACGAUGGGCAAUGAUACAUCCCCAUCAGAAGGUGCCAACCUCAACGCGCCCAGCAGCCUGGGUGUCAGUGCCCUGUGUGCCAUCUGUGGGGACCGGGCGACAGGCAAGCAUUACGGUGCAUCGAGCUGUGACGGCUGCAAGGGUUUCUUCCGGAGGAGCGUGAGGAAGAACCACAUGUACUCCUGCAGAUUUAGCCGGCAGUGCGUGGUGGACAAAGACAAGAGGAACCAGUGUCGCUACUGCAGGCUUAAGAAGUGCUUCCGGGCUGGCAUGAAGAAGGAAGCCGUGCAAAACGAACGGGAUCGGAUCAGCACCCGGAGGUCGAGCUAUGAAGAUAGCAGUCUGCCUUCCAUUAACGCGCUCCUGCAGGCCGAGGUCCUGUCCCAGCAGAUCACCUCGCCUGUCUCUGGGAUCAAUGGCGACAUCCGGGCAAAGAAGAUCGCCAACAUCGCGGACGUGUGUGAGUCCAUGAAGGAGCAGCUGCUGGUGCUGGUGGAGUGGGCCAAGUACAUCCCCGCCUUCUGUGAGCUCCCUCUGGAUGACCAGGUGGCCUUGCUCAGAGCCCACGCUGGCGAGCACUUGCUGCUGGGAGCCACCAAGAGAUCCAUGGUGUUCAAGGACGUGCUGCUCUUAGGCAAUGACUACAUCGUCCCUCGACAUUGCCCGGAGCUGGCAGAGAUGAGCCGAGUGUCCGUCCGCAUCCUUGAUGAGCUGGUCCUCCCUUUCCAGGAGCUGCAGAUCGAUGACAACGAGUAUGCCUGCCUCAAAGCCAUCAUCUUUUUUGACCCAGAUGCCAAGGGCCUGAGUGACCCGGGGAAGAUCAAGCGGCUGCGCUCACAGGUGCAGGUGAGCCUGGAGGACUACAUCAACGAUCGCCAGUAUGACUCCCGGGGCCGCUUUGGCGAGCUGCUGCUGCUGCUGCCCACGCUGCAGAGCAUCACCUGGCAGAUGAUCGAGCAGAUCCAGUUCAUCAAGCUCUUCGGCAUGGCCAAGAUUGACAACCUGCUGCAAGAGAUGCUGCUAGGAGGGUCCUCCAGUGAUGCACCCCACACCCACCACCCCCUGCACCCUCAUCUGAUGCAGGAACACAUGGGAACCAAUGUCAUUGUGGCCAACACAAUGCCCACUCACCUCAGCAAUGGACAGAUGUGUGAGUGGCCCCGACCGAGGGGGCAGGCAGCCACACCUGAGACUCCACAGCCCUCCCCGCCAGGCGGCUCAGGGUCUGAGCCCUACAAGCUCCAGCCAGGAGCCAUCACUACCAUCAUCAAACCACCCUCCGCCAUCCCUCAGCCGACCAUCACCAAACAAGAAGUCAUCUAGCAAGCUUCUGGGGGGUCAGGGCUUUGUCCCAGCCCCACCAGGUUUUUGAUCUGGGGAUCAAAACCUGGUCACCACAAAGGAACAUGUGACAGCAAGGCCAGCCCCAGAGCAACAAUGGAAAGGGUGCUGGGCCCAAGACCCUGGGCUGAGGGCCACACCCGCUGCCACCCUUGGCUUUGUGACCUGGAUGACACAGUUUUGCCUUGCGGGAGGCCCCAGCUGGGAAAUUCUCACUGCCUUGGACCACAUCUGUCAUUUUGAAGUCACUGCCUUCACCUCCAUAUCUACUCGACCCCCUCCCCCAACCUCUUCACCCUGAAAGGAUGAUUGUCUGAAGAUAUGGGACCUUGUCCAAACACAGCUCUCAGCUUUCCCAGUUGGUGCUGGCCCUGAGGUCCGAGCACAGAGCCCCUGAGGUUGGGUCAGCUGGUGGGUCCCCAGAUGUCCCCUCUCAGAUGUCCCUUCUCUUCACUGUCACCUUCCUCAGUCAUUCUAGAUGCCUUCUAUAAACCCUGAUUGAGGCAGAGGGUAGGGGUCCCCCAUUCCUCUCCUCUGAUCCUACCAUACUUCCCUUGCUCAGGCCCUGGGGUACCUCCUCAGAGUGUUGGUCACCAACCCAAGGCUGGUGACUGCCAUAGGACCUGGAGAGAGGAGGAACAGCCAGGGAGAGCAUCUAGAGAGAAGCAGGUUGUCACUUUGUGGCAGGGUAGAAGCAAGGCUGGUAGAGCGGGUGAGACAGGACAGUGGGAAGGAGAGAGCCUGGACCAAGGUGCGGAUGUGGGGAGGAUCUGGAGAGGAACCUGAAGAGUGCUAGGUAGGUAGAGAUGGGAAGGCUGGGAGACUUCAAGGUCAGUUGAAGGUCAGGGCUGUGGUGGUGCUGGAGAGAGCACCAGAGCCUGGGGGUGGGU